GCACGAGGUUCGUCGUGGAACCCAGGAGCUGGGUUCGCCUGGGUUUGUCUCGAAACCCAAGGAAAGAGUUUGCGACGAAGCAAGCUCCUGGGUUUCGUGACGAACACCGCGCCUGGGUUCGUCUCGAAACCCAGGGGAAGGGUUUGCGAUGAACCCGCGCCUGGUUCGAGACGAACCAAGCUCCUAGGUUCGUCUCAGAGCCCAGGCGUUGGGUUCGUGUUGGAACCCAAGCACGUGGUUCACCGCAGCACGAACCUAGCUCCUGGGUUCGUCUCCAAACGGAAGCUGAGGGGAUUUUCGGUUUAAGGGGAAAGAAAAUGAGAAAGAAUACAGUAAGUAUUUUCGGUUUGUUUCUUUGAUUGGAUGAGGAAUAAUAUAGUUAAGUAUUUUUGGUUUGUUUAUGUGAUUGGAUGAAUAUUUUCGAUUUGUUUUUGUGAUUGGAUGAGGAAGAAGAAACAAAUGUGCCUGGGGCUGAUUGGUUUGAUGUUAUAAAUUGAUCCUUUAUAU